CCACACGAUCUCCUCCUCUUUGCUCGGUAUAGACUGCUGUGUGCCGACCUUGUUUCAGGCGACGGGCUAUCCGAAAAGCCAGCUGUUUGCAGCCUCUACGUUCCUGGCUUAAGCCGCCGGUCCGGCUCCCUCUUAUUCCCUCUGUUCGUAGUUUUUUUUUUUUAACCGUCAAAAUGAGUCGGGACUCAAUGGGUAGCUACCCUGCUAUCGUUAGCUAGGCGGACGAAUUCCUUCAACCAGUUUGCUGCUUCAAUCACUGCGGGUUGACACAACAUUAGCCGAGGCGUUGGUAAGAGAGCUAGCGGGCUAGCAGGGAAGCCGAUACGUGUAAGUUAGCAAACGCUAGCUAAUGUAGUUACUUAGCAAACGGACGCAUUGCUGCGGCGUGGACAGUGCAAUAACGGUUAUCACUCUGUUAGCUCACUAACCAGCUAGCUAACGUUGGACAGACUGCACAGAUAUCAACUGGUACGGGUUUGGAUGUCGCGGCACCGCAGUUUUCAACCCCUUUUGGUGGAUUUUGAAGAUUGAAUCGGACCGAAGUGAGAGACGUAAAUAUUUGGAACAGUAAGAAGUAACAGGGGUUAAUUGUAUCAUCAAAGUAUUAAGUGGCUAAUCUGUUGCAGUCAUUUUCACAUUAGGCGUGUUAAAGCAGUGCAUACCGGAGAGGCCCCACCAUCUCCUGGUUCCCUCCCCUUAUCCGAAUCUCCCGUGAUUUGUCGAGAACUCCCCGGGAGAAGUCGCAGUUGUUCUCGGCUGGGGGGACAACUUGACAGCGAGGCCCCUAGCUAGUCUCCCCUCCCCCUAUCCCAUCCCGUCCAUACAUACAUCCAUCCGUCAAGCCAGACACGCCACCUCCUCCUCGCUUGAAACCGAGGCGAGGACCGGGUUAUUUUGGGGGGCUAAAAAGCUGAAACAGUGGGCAAGCGUCGCCGGCCGUGUCCCGUCUGAACCGGGCUGAUACAAAGCAGAGGGGAUGACUCUGGAGUCCAUGAUGGCUUGCUGCCUGAGCGAAGAGGCGAAGGAGUCGAAACGAAUCAAUGCAGAAAUUGACAAACAACUCCGCCGAGACAAGAGAGACUCCAGGAGAGAGCUGAAACUACUUCUUCUUGGUACGGGAGAAAGUGGCAAGAGCACCUUCAUCAAGCAGAUGAGGAUCAUUCACGGAGCGGGGUACUCAGACGAAGAUAAGAGGGGCUUCAUUCGGCUUGUUUACCAAAACAUCUUUACCUCCAUGCAGUCCAUGAUCCGUGCCACAGAGACCCUCAAGAUCCCCUACAAAUUCGAGCAGAACCGGUCUAACGCCAUGCUUAUCAAGGAGGUGGACAUCGAGAAGAUCAGCAACUUCGACCAUCCCUACAUCGCAGCUAUCAAAAGCCUUUGGGCCGACCCUGGGAUCCAGGAGGCCUACGACCGCCGCAGAGAGUACCAGCUUUCUGAUUCCACUAAAUAUUACCUUACUGAUUUAGACCGUGUGACUGCGGAGGGAUACGUUCCCACCCAGCAGGAUGUGCUGAGGGUCCGUGUUCCUACCACGGGUAUUAUAGAGUACCCGUUUGACCUGGAGAACGUCAUCUUCAGUUAUCUUUCCGAUCUGGAUCGUAUUGCAGAUUCCAACUAUCUUCCAACUCAGCAGGAUGUGCUCAGGGUGCGCAUCCCCACUACAGGAAUCAUAGAGUACCCGUUCGACUUGCAAAGCAUCAUUUUCAGAAUGGUGGAUGUCGGGGGUCAGAGGUCGGAGAGGAGGAAGUGGAUUCACUGCUUUGAGAAUGUCACCUCCAUCAUGUUCCUGGUCGCGCUGAGUGAGUACGACCAGGUCCUGGUGGAGUCAGAUAACGAGAACCGUAUGGAGGAGAGUAAAGCGCUCUUCAGGACCAUCAUCACCUACCCCUGGUUCCAAAACUCCUCUGUUAUCCUCUUCCUGAACAAGAAGGACCUGCUAGAGGAGAAGAUCUCCUACUCUCAUCUGGUGGACUAUUUCCCUGAGUUUGACGGUCCUCAGAGAGAUGCACAGGCUGCGCGGGAGUUCAUCCUCAAGAUGUUUGUGGACUUAAACCCCGACAGCGACAAGAUCAUCUACUCUCACUUCACGUGUGCCACGGACACUGAGAACAUCCGCUUUGUGUUUGCGGCUGUAAAAGACACCAUCCUACAGCUCAACCUCAAAGAGUACAAUCUGGUGUGAGGGCUCUCGUACGACGCACGUCUCCUCCCCAUUGCACAAAUGCUCACCUCCUUUUGGAAAGUGCGCUCGACUCCACACGCAUUACACACUACACACCAUGCCGGCUCACACACACAAACACACACACCAACAGAGCCCUUCACCCUCCCCGCCCCACCCUCGGUACCAUACAUUCACAAACCCUCCCACCUGCAAAACGCCGCCCCUCCUCUUUCACCAAAGCUCCCUCUUCCUCCUUCGCUCGGCAGCUUGUUGUGUCAGAGUCCUCGCUCCUCCCAAAGCUGCUCCGUGUGUCAGGUUUGGCUCUGGCACGUUGAAUCUGGCACACAAACCUUUCACACGGCUGACUUUUUGGGGCUUUGUUGUAUCGUGUGUGGUGUGUGUGUGUGUGUUUUUGGGGCAGCAUCUAGAGGAGCUGUCGUCUGGAGUUGAACCUCCCCUCAGCUGCGUGAGAUCAUAUCCUCCACCAUGUCCUUGUUGAGCUCACAUCCAUGUGGAGGGAAAAUGGAAUUUAUACCUCCUCAAAAAAUGACAACGGACCAGCGAGCAGCCUCGCGAAAGAAAGGCCGCACACCGGAUACAAGGGGGACGGGGCUGAGGAUUCUGUCUCUACCUUGCAUCUAUGAAUGUACCCACCAGUGUGAGCAUCGCAAUCGCAAAAAAACCUAGAAAUAUAUAUUAUGAAGUAAUUGCAUAUGUAAACACACUUAAGACAAAAAGCACGAGAGGGCAAGACAUAGCUAAUCAAAAUCUGUUAAUUGCUGAGAUUUUAUAAAUGUUUUUAACAAUAGAAAUUUGUUGCUACGUCUACUUCUAUUUAACAAAUAACAGCUAAAAGGAAUGGUGAUACAAAGUGGUAAGAAAAUCUUUAAAACUUUGCAAAACAAAGACAUCUAAAAAGAAUUUACUUGACGUACGUAUCCUUUAAAGAAUUUUUUGUGGGAUUUUUGUGUUUUAUAUCACAUCGCUUCCCUCCUCCAGAUGUUUUCUGUAUGGAUUCACAGGGACAGCAUCUGACUCUGUCACCCCUGAACCCUUAAAACAGAGUAUGUUAGAGGAGUCUAGGCUGCUCUGUGAUUGGUGGAUGUGGAGGGGAGUGUGAUGUCAUCAGUGUUAAACAGCCUCCCAGAGCACACCUGCAGCUCCGGCUGCGAGUAGCUUAUUCAGCAAGAUUAAAAAAGCUGUAAAUGAAACACAACCUACACAUCCUGUGAUGUGAAUGGAAUCCAUGCAGUAACAUCCCUGCUAACAUCACACCUGCGUCACUCAGCCGUCCAAUCAGACUCACUUCCUGACGGUGACAUCACAUCAGGAUGUGCUUCUGUUUACUUUAUUUUUUCUUACUGUAUAGUCACUUUGUUUAUAAUAUUGCUUGCUGUUGAGUGGUGAGAGGGAGGGUGGGUGAGGCUAUGAACCUUUCACAGAAAGCGCACUAUGAAGUCUGCAAACGUUUGUGUAUAUUUGUUUGUACAUACAUAUACACAAAACACUCCUGUACAAAAACGCUCUGUGGUACACCAUCUUUGGCAUAAAAACGGAUGAAAAAAUAGACAAAAAAAGUAUCAAAAUCUUCAUUAGCAUACAGUUUUUUCCUGAAUUUCUGGUAGUAGUGAUACUGUGAUUCUGGAUUUUGUUCACUCGAUUAAUAGGACUGCACAGAGCUGAGCGGUUGUUGAGGAGCAAUAGUCCAAGAAAAGAGGUUCCUCCCAACCAGCCUCUCGACUUCACACUACUGCAGCAGCUCUGGCUCCUCCUAGAGCUGGCAUAAAAAAAUAUCUUCACAGUAUGGUGACAAGAUGAUUUUAAGAGUAAUUAAAGAUUUUUUUUAUUUAUCUAAUUUAUGGACCAGGUUUGAAGGUGUUGAUAAUUUGACUGCUUUUGAUUCUGUCAUGUUGAAGUGCUCCUUUUCUCAUGGCGGAGCCUACUUGAGUCUGAACUGCUGUAUUGAAAAAGAAAAACAAACAACAAAAAAAACGAAUGUCUGGUAUAGUAAGGACUUUUAUCUCUGCUUUCUAUUUCUUAUUGAGACAUUUCCAAUUGUACUUUGCCAUCACAUCUCCAUCCAUGGUAAUACUGUUUGGUUUUCUUUAGGAGCCCUCACAUUUUUUAUUUAAAUUUUUUUUUUAAUUAAGAAGAAACUUGUAUUUCCUCUUGGUUUAUAGACUCAGCGCUGUAUCGCAUACCUAGAAAAAUGUACAUUACGAACGUAGGUGGACUUUUUUAUCAGUGAUUGAAGACCCACGCGGUCCAUGCUUGCUAUUUGUAAUUUAACACAACAAUUUGUUGGGUUUUUUGCAUCGUUAAUUUCCAGUUUUUUGAGGCUUGCUUUGAUAGUGCCAGUGAAGUGCAGAUAUACUCUUUUGGUCUUUGACCUUUUCUACAGGUGACUUAUCCUUCAUCGUCAUUAAGGGCUAUCACAGUGCAUCAGACAGCGGGGAGUGGAGUGCAGGACCACAGUGAACCAAGUCAUCCAUUACUAAUCCUCAUUUAGAAAUGGAGAUUUCUUGCAGUAUGUUCUAUAAGAAGUAUAGAUGGGGUUUUAAUGCAAACAUAAGGUGUGUGUGUAGAGAGUUUACCAACACUAAGCAGUUUUCUUUCUGUAUUUCUACAUGUAUCUGGCCCUUUGGUGACUUAAAUGUACCCGGUGUCUGACUCUCAGACCUCCACUUCAUCUUGUUGGUAUCGCAGUGUUCUCUGUAAUACCUCAUUAUCACUUCAUACACUACUACCAGGAGAAGUAUUGUGUGUUUUUUCCAAGUAUUUGACAAAUAGCUGACAGCCAAGUAACGACCAUGCUUAUGACUUUAAAUGUUUUAACCCAUUAACGACUAAUGUGAGAGUUUUGUUGCACCAUUUCCAAAUCUGAGACUUUACAGCAGCUGUUGGUUUCCAUUCAUGCCGGUGAGGUUAAACAUUGCUGAUGUCGGGUCAAAACCUCCCAUCUCCAAAAUCCCUACUUUUCAGGGAAUGAAAAAAAACAGUCUUUUUUAGAUAAUUAAACACUAAAUGGUCAUAGUUGGCAUGUUUUGACUCUAUUUGCUUUAAAAUUUGUUAGAAACCAGCUGACACAAUGUUUCGCUCAUCUUCAAUCCAAAAUGGUUAAAGCCUGAAUCUGACAUUAGAUUGCAGGAAUCGUGCACAAAAUAUUAAAUCUUUUGCAAGUCUGACUCCCAUAAUGCCUAUAAGCCUUGAUUGUAAUAUCGUACCUCAUUACAUUACAUUAAUCAUUACAAAAGGUAGCUGGUAAAAAAAACUGAGUGGCUGGUAGAUCUUUGAAUCACCAGCCAUAAUAGCAGGUACACAAAAAAUUCUACCCUAAUUUUAUUCUAAGCUUUUUAGAAGUGAUGGAACCAUCUAAUUAGAGUAAAUGCCAGAUGGGAAUUCUCUCAUAUUUAAAGUUGUGUCAACGCUGUGCCAUAACAUAAUAGAUAAAUAAAUUGGUUAAUGAACUUAGUUAUAUUAGAACGUUAAAGUCAGGCUAGCACCUGAUUGCUAAAUAGUGUCAGCUCUAAACAAUCUGGUCAUCACUGCCACCUUCUUAUUGAAGUUCCUGCAGGGAAUUUUUAUAUGGUUUCAAAAUAGGCUGAAAUUAAUACGAAUGACUACAUAUGACCUAAAAUAGCAAAAAAAAAAAAAAAAAAAAAAAAAAGACGAUCAGCCACAAGAUAAAAUGUUUCUACAAAGUCAUACUCUUUAAUGACGGGAACUGUUGUUGCGGGGUAGGUGUCGAAUGAAAUGUCCAAUGGUUGGACGGCGGCAUUUUUUCUUUUUUUCCUCACUGCAAUGAGGCCUGAGCAUUGAUAUAUCUGACAGCUUUCGGACAAAAUUAGCAAAGAGAUGAGUCACUGCUCUGUCCAAGCCCAGGAGCUUAACCUCCUGAGACCCUGCAUGUACAUAUGAGGUCACUAUUUAAGUUUGGCUUACCUACGACUCAGUAGGACAUUCUGCUAUUAGAUUUUUUGAGAUUCCAUAAACGUUGGCGUGAUGUGCUUGGGAUGUUUGGAGAAUUUGCUUUAAAUUUUUUGAGAAUUGUCUUGAAAAUUUUAGUUUUUAGGGAGGGGGGAUGUGUGCUUUGGAAUUAUGGUUUCUUUUGGUACUUUUAUGGGGAUUUGGGUGAUUUAUUUUCAGCAUUUUGUAAACGGGAAAUGGGGAAUUUUCUUUGAAAUUGUUCAUGGAAGUUUGGGGGAAUUUGCUUCAAAAGUUUUGUGAAUUUGCCAGAAAAUUUUCAGUAAUUUUGAUGGCAUUUGUGGUGAAAACUGUAUGUGUAUCUUUAGACUUCUUCAGAAAAGUCUACUGAAAUAUUUGAGGAAUAUUUAAAAGCCACUUUGGGAUAUUUUUAAAGGGCUUUUUGGAAAUUUAGGGGGUUUUUAUGUUGUGGAAAUCUGAUUACAUUUUCCAAGACUUCUGGAACGUUUAGUGGAAAUUUACCAACUACCCAAAACUCACUCAAAAUGCAGAACUAAUUUGGUAAAAAUUGAAAAUAAUAUUUAUAUUUAGGCUGAGUUAAACAAAAGAAAAACUGAAUAUUUACAUUUUUUUAAAAAGUAGGUUUUAUUUUGUGGGGAGGGUCUCCUACAUGGAGUCCACCAUCUUGUAUUUUUGCAUGUUUAACAGAAGGGUUGAAAGAGCGUGUUUUUUUGAGUACCACCGGUUGCUGUGCUUACAACCAAAGACAUGAGCAUUGCAAUCUAGAAUCUGACUGUUAAAUGUUGCUUAUAUUCCCAGUUUUACACACUGCACCUUUAAGUAGAUUUGCUUUUAUGAAUGGAGACCAAAAGCUGCCAGACAGAUUGGAAUCAAAUCAAAAACCUUGAAAAUGGUCAGCAGUUUGAACACUAUCAAAGUUAAUGGGGCUAAAAUGAAUAAUUUUGCCAUUAUGGCCUUGAACUGCCAUUUUUGUCUGCUGAAAACGACCUGGAUGAGAGAAGCAGACAGCCAACCAUUGUUAGACUGCUGUGUUAUAGAGGGCCUGGAUGUUGGCUUAAAGGGAAACCAGUAUGGAUACCCAAGUAUUACUCAGAAGUGUUGUUACUGUGUGUGGAGUGCAGCUCACUUGAUGGUAAAGAACCAUUUCGUAUUAUUAGACUUGACACUACAACUCCAGCACAUGGUAAAGGGCUGUUAGUUUGGGUUUGGUAGUGUUAGCGGCCCGAUGUUGCACAGCGUGUUUUAUUUAAUCUCAGCAUAAAUAAGAGCUGCAGAAAGGCAAGGCAGUCUGUGUGAAACUCCUAAUUCUUUUCUCCAUUACUUUUUUAAAAGCAGAGACCAGUGCAGAGAGACUGGAUUGGUUUUUCACUACAACACUCUUUAUUUGCACAGUAUUUUUUUAUUUUUGUGACACAUUUAAUCUCAACCUUUAUAUGAACUAGAUAGAAGCGAGGCAGACUUCGAGACUUCUCAUUUUGUCAUCUGUGACAGUUUGGUUCUAACACUCUUGUUUGCACAGUGUGUUUUUAACACUACAGUUUAAGGUGGAGAGGCAGACUAUGAAACUACUCAUUCUUUCAUUUUUUGACAGUUUUUUAGUGAUGAACAGUGAAGAGAAUGGAAUCGGUAUUUCACUACAACACUUAUUUAUUGCCUUUCAUGCCUUGAAUAGAGAGAGAUGGCGUUUCUGGCCCUUUUUUUGAGGUUUCGGAGCUUGCUUUGUUGCCUUCUGGGUGGCCAUGGUUGUGUGAUUAAGUGGAAUCAAACUUAUCUCGCAGAUCAGUGGGGAGUCGUUGCAUAUUCAAAACUUUAAUCUUAUUCCCCCAUUUUUGUGUUUUCAUUUCCUGUAUAAGUGAACAUUACCAUAACACUGUUUUUAGGACCACUUGAUUGAUUUUUUUUUCCUCACUCCAAUGAAACCUGAAGGUCAAUUGUGUAGUGGUGUAUGAAUUUGCUGUUUUGUUUUCUUUUUCCUUAUUUUGUAUGUAAACCAAAUGUAAAUUAUGUAUUAUACUGAGUGUGCCAACCCCACUCUCUCUAGAGCCAGGCUCUCUCUAAGUGCCAACGCUGUGGUCAUCAUCAAAGGACCACCACCUGAGAUGGUCCCCCCUCCCACUUUUUAAGUAAACCACACCAGAGACAAAAAGGAUAGAUGAUUAAGUUCACACAAAGACUUUUAUUCUGUAUUUAAGAUUGGAGAAUUAAAAGAUUAUCUGCUGUUUUUUUAAGAAACUGUAAUUAUAAUUGCAUGUGCUGUUUAUUUUGUGUUGGAAGUGAGGGCUUUGAUGUUUUCAUUAAAUCAGAGCCCUCGAUGAAGCGGGGUUCAAUCAGUUGGUUAUCGAUUAUUGAUUUACAUAACUCUUGCCAUAUUUUUUAUGUGUUUCAUGUAUUUGUUUCAACCACUGUUGCCUGAUCCUCAUUCAAACAUGACUUAUGAUCAUUGCCGCCUUCUAAGAGAAACAUAAUGACAAGGUAUCUGUUUUAAAUUGAAAUAAAUUUGUUCCUAUACUUGC